UCACACGGUUUUGCAGUGUUAGAGCAGACAAUGGACCCUAUUCGUGUCCCCUUCUGGCCCCUUUCUAGCAGCCCAGCCCAGACACGAGCCGGGCACCAAAUUCUGGGGGUGACAUCUGUCAGGAACAGAGGCCCAUUGAUGUCUUACGGCCUUGAGGCAGAGCAGACGUGAUUGGUGGGUCCUGAAGCAACAAAGAGCCACUGUGAUUGGCUACACCUAAGCCCCCGAAGCGCAGCCCCCAGAGAGUGGCCCUGAACAAAUUCCCGUGGGAACAAAGGCAGACGGUUUCGGAAAACACUUGCUGCAGGGUGAAACAUCUACAUUGAAACAAUGAACCAGUAUCUGAAAGUGAGGGGCUAGGACUCUCCGCAGCACGAUGCCCUUUGUGGAACCUCCCUCCCUGCCUGGAAGGAUGGUCCCCUCGUUGGGAUGCUGCCUGGGACCCGUGUAACCCGCCGUUGAGUCCCUGCGCUGCUCCUGCCGUCUGAGGUGGAGACACAGCCGUCUGGGUGCAGUGUGUUCAACCGAUGGCCCAACAGGAUGCUGAAGCAGCAAGAGGAGAGGCGGGGGAGUCAAUGCUGCGUGAUCAGAGAGAAGAGAGAAGAGAUGUAGGUGUCAUCCUGGAGCACCUUAAAAAGAAGUGGAUCCUCAUUCUCGUUAGCAUUGUCAUCAUAAUUUUGAGCAUCACCAUAAUUGCCCUGGCAGCCAGGCAAAGUCCUCCCUGCCCAUCAUGCCUGCCCCCUGUGGCUGCCGCGUGCCCGGACGGCUGGGUUGGAUUCCAAGGAAAAUGCUUCUACUUGUCAGAGACGGAGGGGAACUGGAGCACUAGCCAGAACCACUGCGCUUCCCUCAACGCCUCCCUGGCCACCGUGGAUUCCCUGCCGGAGCUGGCUUUCAUGCUGCGCUAUAAAGGGGUCCCUUUUUGCUGGAUCGGCCUCCAGAGGGAACAAGACCAGGGCCAGCCGUGGAAAUGGACCAACGGUACCAUAUUCAACAACCUGUUUGAGAUCAGAGGGGAAGGGCAGUGCGCCUACCUGGAUGAGCGUGGGGUGAGCAGCGCCAGGUGCUACUCGGACAGACAUUUCAUCUGCAGCCAGCCGGACGAGUGCUCUCGAAGGAAGCUGAGCGCCGCCAGAGGGGAUACAAUGUCGAAAAUCACUUGAAGGGCCAAUGCAGCCUUUUCGGGGCGUGCCCAGUUUUCAAUAGGUCAUCUCUGGUGGACCCCCCUACCUCUCCGACCAUAGAUCUCAGCUAAAAGUACAUCUUUUACGAGGCUAACAUCAUUAACUUUCAAGGAAGUCUCCAUGGCUGGUACUACAUGGGAGUGACCCUUUUUAUUUAAAAAAACCCAGCUUUUGUUUUAAAAAAACCGGUGUGGUUUUAGCCUGCUUGGUUAUGAAGAUACCCUGCUGAAGAAAACACAGCCUGAAAGAAAGACACAGAAAAGAGCCCCAUUUAUGGAACUGGUGUGUUAACUCUGGAACCUAGUGACAGCACUACAAUCUUCCUUUUUUUUUUCCUCUGUCAUUUCCUGGUGAGAGUGAUGGACACAGCAUGCAGAGUAAGGAGGACUAGGCCAGGCUGCCAACAUACUACAGCAGACCUUAGGCAAGGCGUAUGUGUGGGGAGGGGGAUCCAGGCCCUCAGAAGGGGCAGGCCUCAAGCAGAAGGAAUAGGGUUGGGGGCAAGCCUCCCCUAGUCAGCACUUCAGCAUCACUUGCCACAGCUUCUGCUGCUGCUGCGGUAGUGUUGGACGGGCACACCAGACCUUUUUAAAUUGCUGGGCUACGGGGCAGCUGUUCCCUUCCCCUCUGUCCUCCCUUGGGCAUUUCUGGGACCAGGUCUCCCUUUUCCCCACAAUAGGUUCCAACUUUUGCUGGAUUCCCAAGCAUUCCCAGGUCAGCCAGGAGAUACCAUCCGUCCCGCAUGUUCUGGGUUGUCCAUGAGGCCUCCUCUCAGCUGCAGGUACCCAGGCUGUGUCCACACUGCGGGAGUUUUCCGGGAUACCAGAGGUAUGCUGGAAAAACCCAGCCACAUCCAGCGCACUCCUCUGCUCUUCCGCUGUUUUUUGCAGAAAAGCAAACACACGCUUGUCUACUUUGUGCUAUGAGGAAUACGGGCUCCUCUGAAAGAGGAGACUUUUCUGCCACUUGGCUGCGUCUAGACAGGGCCAAAUGGUGGAAAAGCCUCUUCCGGAAAAGCAAUUGGAAAAAGCUCCACAAAUUGUGGCGCUCCAUUUGUGUCGCUUUUUCCCCACAAAAAAAGCUACAGUGUGGUCAUAGCCCCAGUGGAUUUCCAAAGGAAGCCCACACAUUCGGCACUUUUCUGAGGUGCCAGAACCCACUCAGCUAGCUUUUCUGGAUCCGGAGGUGUAGGAGCUUUUCUCGGAGCUAUGUUCCUCUCAGACAGCAGCCCAGCACCCUGUGGAGAAACCUCAUUUCUGCUGCUUUUCCACGCCGUUUUGUCCUUUCGUUCAUAACCCAAAACGUUCCCGAGCCCAGGGCUAUGUCUACACUGCCCUCAUUCUGCACCAAAAAUAUGCAAAUGAGGCGAAGCACGGGAAAAAAAUGCAGAAGAACGGCUCUUGCACAAGAGGGGGGGUUUGCGCAAAAACGGAGCCUAAUUAAUUAUGCAAAUGAGGCAUGGUGAUAUUCCACGCUUUUCACCCUAUUUGCAUAUUUUGGGGGCAGUGUAAACAUAGCCUAAGUGAAGAUGGGGACGUAGAUUGACCUAUGCACCAAGAGCUUUGCUUGAAAUUCAGCUCCGGCUUCACCCCCACAUAGCAAUAUAGUGGUUGCCUCACUGCUGCUGUCAUAUCACUCCGCCGGCCGCUGUAUCAUUCCGCCAGUCGCUCACAUGCUUCCUUCCCAUCACCAGAGCAGUGACCGGCUCACAGCUCUCCCUCUCUCUCCAGCCAGGUGUCUGGAAAACAGGGUCUGCCUCCGAGGAUCGUUACCUUGCCGUGGUGGAGGGGCUUGCGUGUUCCGGUGAACCCCAGGGCUAUGGCGUCUGGAGUUUGCUGCUCCUGGUAGGGUCACCCUUGGCGAACAGGCCUGGGGGGAGGAUCUAGACUAAAAACGAUUCACCCCAAGACUGUCAUGGAAACUCUAAACUGACCUCCUGGGCGUCAGUCAGAUUAGAAACGCCGGAGGAGGUAAAACCUACCCCUGAACACAAGUAUAGGGGUGGUGUUAAAAGCGCGUCUAGUUGUCAGGCUACCUGUGUAACCCAGCCGGGCCCAGCCCACACAGGGAAUGUGGAGAUGUCCCCUGGGCUCAGAACCCACAAGGCGAAGGAUGAGGCACGAGUGUGAGACCAGAAUGAAAGCAGGGAGGGAUCGAUGGAUGAUGACACGACCACAUUCGUUGAUUCGGGUUCCAUCCGCAACCAAACGUUUGGUUGAUUUGGUUGGGAUUUCCAGAAAAACAUCCACGAGUUGCCCCCAUUAGCCCCGCCUCUUUGCCGUCGUCAGAACCUCCUGUUCGAACUAACGCACCAGACUUGUGAACAGCUCUGUGCUCGUGAGCAGCAGCGACCACAGGAGGAGAGAGGCCCUGAGUGUAGGAUACGGAGCCUUACACUUGGGAAGAGGCCAACGAGUCCCUGAACCGCGGUCAAGGUGGGAAGAGGCCAGUCUACCUUGGAAACCUCAUGUCAUUGACCGAUGGGAUAGAUCACUCGAUAAUUGUCGUGUUCUGGCCAUAGCCUCUGUAAAGUACCUUCCACUGGCUACCACCAGAAGAGAGGUUACCAGAUGGACCAUUGGCCUGAGCCAGGGUGGCAGUUUUGAUGAACUUAACUCCUCUGAAGAAGUGGGUUUCUCUGCAGUGCUACAAGACGACUUUUUUUUUUUAUUGUUGUGGAUCUGGUUUUAAGUAAAUCUGCUCACGAUUUGAGGAGCAGCAUUUUAAGGGUGUUUUUCCUGGAUUUUUAUUGUUGUCCUGAAUUUAUUUAUUAGUUUGUUUGUUUGCUUGCUUUCCUUUUUUUAUGGAAACCCUGCCUGAGGAAAAAAUUACUCCUCAUUUUUAUUCGUUCCUGGAGCUAAGAUGGUUUGGUUCGGAGUUGCUCCCGGGAAGUAGUCAGUCCCUUCUCCUGGGCUUUGUAUCUACUGAUCCAUAAUGGCUUUUCGUCUCUGCCUACACUCGGAAGAUUGAAGCACGUAUGUUAAUCACGGAGCUGGAGUCGAUGGACCUUGUUUCUCAUUUCCCUGCCAGCCCCACAGUGGGAAGCCGACAGAAGCAAACACUCCCAUCAGCUUCCCAUACUCCUCGCACAAGCAGGAAUACUGGCUGCUGAGGCGGGUGCUCUCUGAGUUUGAUUUAGCGAGUCUUAACUAGACCCGAUAAAUCAAACACUGGAAGAUUGAUUGCGGUAGUGUAAACAUGGCCUAUGCUAGGAAUCAAAAUUAGUCGCCUAGUUUUCAAUAGAGGUACACAGUGUAAGGCCAGAAGAGACCAUUACAGCAUCUAGUCUGGCCUCCUGCCUCACACAGGCCAGAUAAUUUCACCCGCUUGCCCCUGUAAUGACCCUAAUAACUUGUGCUUGGCCAGGGCAUAUGUUGGGAAAGGCACCAUUUCAGUGUCAGGCUCACCAUAUCCAGAGGUGGCCAAACUUACUGACCCUCCAAGUCGCAUAUGGCGAUAUUCAACAGUUCAAGAGUUGGGGUGCCGCUGAGGGCUUCAGCCCUGCUCCUGCACAGAGUCUGAACUCAGUAUGUGCACCCCGCAGAGCUGCAGCCCCUAAGCCACCUCCCUGUGGGGCAGAACCCUCUACCCCGUCUGUCCCAUUCAGAGCAGGGCCAACUCUUCAUCAGUGGCAGCUGGGCAUCUAAAUACCUAUGAGAGCUGGGUCCCAUUCACGUCACUGAAGCAGCCUCUUUGGAUGCUCU